AUGGCUGCUAAUCAAACUUAUGAACCAUCAACUCAUCUAGCAGUUGCUAGGCCAAACACAUCCACUAUCGAUAUCGAACGUCCAAAAACUAUUGAAGAAAUGAACCAGGAACAAGACGACCAGUUUGACUACUCUCAAAGGUCACAGUGGCUGCGAGCUGCUGUUCUUGGAGCCAAUGAUGACUUAGUUUCAACCGCUUCAUUGAUGAUGGGAGUAGGAGCUGUUAAAGAAGAUGUGAAGUUUAUGAUUCUUACUGGCUUUGCCGGUUUGAUAGCCGGGGCAUGUAGUAUGGCUAUAGGAGAAUUCGUUUCAGUUUAUUCGCAACUCGACAUAGAGGUAGCGCAAAUAAAACGCGAUAAUCUUGCAAGAAAAAAUGAGGAAGAGAAUAGUGAUGGUGAGAAGGAAAAGUUGCCAAACCCAUUUCAAGCAGCUGGGGCAUCAGCAAUUGCAUUUUCCAUCGGUGCUAUUGUACCAAUAUUAGCAGCGGCCUUUAUAAAAGAUCAUAAGCUUAGGUUGGGAGUGGUAGUAGUAGCCACGAGUUUGGCCUUGUUGGUGUUUGGAAUGUUAGGGGCUGUCUUAGGAAAAGCACCUUUGUUGAAAUCUUCCUUGAGGGUAUUUGUUGGAGGAUUGAUUGCCAUGGCUAUAACAUUUGGAUUGACAAAGUUGGUUGGAAUGAGUGGAAUUUGA